GACAGACACACACACAGUUUCAACAGGGAAGAAAGGCCCAGAUGGAGACUAUGGACUGCUUGCCAAACCCCUACCUGCAGUCUGUUUCCCUGACUGUGGGUUACAUGGUGAAGAUCAAGGCAAAUCUUAAGUCUCCUUAUGGAAACAACCCAGACUUUAUGGUGGCUUUCUGUUCGAGUACUGGGGAAGGCGGCAACAUUCCAUUCCGUUUCCGGUACUACAAUGGCAGGGUGGUGAUGAACAGUUUCAAGGAUGGGCAAUGGCAGUAUGAACAGGGAGUGAGUUCUGACCCUUUCGUGCCAGGCCAGCCAUUUCAGCUGCGAUUCUUGGUGCUGGAGAAUGAAUACCAGGUGUUUGUGAAUAACAAGCCCACCUGCCAUUUUGCCCACCGCCUGCCCCUACAGUCUGUGAAAAUGCUGGAGGUGAGGGGAGAUAUCGUGCUGACUUCAGUGGAUACAUUUUAAGGGGCAGAUCUUCCAGUAAAGAUAUCCAUCUGGUUAGACUCUACUAUAAUGUGCAGGAUCACGGCCACUCCCAGAAGAUGCCAGGAUGUCCCCCUGCCCUCACACUUUUGCCAGUGAUAAUAAAAGAUUCCUGAUAUGAA